AUGUACGCUCAUCAUGCACACCAGGAACCUACCUUCGAUACCUGGUUAAAAUCUCUGAUUGAAUCUUUCACAUAUGCAUUUUGCAUUUUAAUGAAAAUAUUGAUAUGUGUUUUGGAAAACAGAGGAUUUGGCACCAAUGCCGAUAUAAUGCUCGAUUCAGAUUCAUGUGAAACACCUGUAAUCAUCCUUUCUGUGGUAAUCGCAGUAGCUUCAUCAGCUGCCGUUGAUCACAUAGAUCAUGUGGUCCCAUCCAAAGAAGCGGAAGUUUUACAAUAUGACGUUGAAAACAGUGGUAUUGAUGGAUACAAAUUUGCCGUGAAAACCAGCGAUGGUCUUACCAGAUCAGAAGAGGGAGUUUUGAAAAAUGUUGGAACUGAUGACGAAUCUAUUGCCAUCCAAGGGAACGUGGACUAUAUUAACAGAGAGGGCAAACAUGUGCACUGGACGUUUACUGCUGAUGAAAAUGGAUUCAGACCCGAAGGAGACCUCAACCCAAAGUAGAAGUCAGUCUGGAUAACUAAUGAGCGUAUACUGUAAAUAAAAUAGAUUGCCGUACAAUAAAGUUUAUUUGAAUCUGAAUCAGACGUUCUCGAAUAGCCCUUUCAGCAAAUUUUUUUUUCGUCGUCAACCUCGAAAUUUUUUGAAUAACACUUCACCAAAACUCAUUUGUCUAUAGAACAUCAACG